AUGGCUGAUUCCCGUGCUGCCUCGUCAUUGAGUGCGCAUGGCAGACGAGAUGGACCAGCUACGCCAGAGCCUCCUACGAGGUUUAGUUACGACACCGCUGAAAGGGGCGACCACACCAUUAAUGCCCUUCUAAACGUUCCUAUAUCCCCCGACAGACCUCUUGCUUUUUCCGACGACGAAAGCCUUCCACGGUUCCACCACAAGUCUCGCGGUGCUGCAGCAGCUACCAGCGGUCUUCAAGCCGGCCGACCGAAACGAUCACGUUCAAAGCGACCACAUAAGACCCAACCGAGCAGUGCCUUUUUACUCCAGGAGCCCAUAGUAGCGGAUGGCGAUUCUGGAAAUCAACGGCGCGGGUACCGGAGUAAAUCCCGACAUAAGGGGAAGGAUGUUCCAGAUUCACGGUCAUCUGAAGGUUCACGAGACUUGGGGAGUCUAGGAAUCAGUUCUAAUGGUGGCCCCCGAGCUCGUAUUGUGUCGCCAGAUACAUCUCAAGAAGAUCUCCAUUUAUCAAAAAGGGGGGGUGGUCAAAGGCGCGGCCGGCGGCCGCAAGCAGCACAACAAGGAACUGUGCUCGAUGUCGAUUCAACACAGAUUGUCAAUAUGGCAUUGAACCUGAGCGAGUCACGGCGGAUUGCGUCUCGGCGCAACAUCAGCCGUGGGAAUCCCCCUCGUUUGGCACCGGUGCAGGACUCGCAGACUGGUAGCAAUCUCAGGACUCAUCUGCAACAACAAAGAAAGGCUAUCCGAGGGGCUUCUCCGAUCCCGCAGGCUCUUUCACCACGACUGCCCGGCGUCAGAUCCAGCAGUCCUCUACGUCCGCCCCCUUUCGAACAUACCCCCGAUGUCUCUUACCGUUACCAUUUCUCGACUUCGACUCUGGCUAGAGCACAAAAGGCCAGGGAGCACCUGGAGCUGAUGGCCCAGUACAGACGAUUGCUUCAAGUUCUUCCUCCACUCAAAAGUGGCUAUGAUAGGCAAUCAGCCACAAGUCCACCUGGUUCACCCACAGAAGAGAAGAUGCGCACCUUUGGAAACAGGGAGCUCAUGAUCCCACUUGGUCGAGAAUACAAUCCAUUACAGUAUAUCCGGAACCGAAAAGUCAGAGCUCGCGAGCGGAUGGUCAUCGAUGGUGAGAAACAAGGCUUUGCUGACGUCGAGUCAGUUAAAGAUUGGGUUGGUGAAGCUGCAGAGAGAGCCUCAAGAGAACCCCUAUCCAGUGAUGGCUCAGUUCUACCACCGUUCCCUGGAGCCGAAGAAAUUGACUCGCAAAUGGCUACAGAUUCUCCUGCAAAGGCUGCUAUUCGAGUCCGACGCCCAAGAGUUGACUGGUUCUUCGAAGCAUGCGAUUUAAUUGCAGAUGCUUAUUGGCUAGAGCAAGAUCACCACAAGCAACUCAUUGAGGACAGACAUCUGAAUAAGAUAUAUCCUCAGAUAGGAGAAGCCAUGAGCCGUCCAAUGUCAAGACAGUCCGAUCAACUUAGCACGGGUGUAUCACCUUUCACUACCAAGACUUUGGAGGAGACGAAUAAGAAUGCAGACCCGAAGCGGUCUAAUCUUGCGAAACUCGACACAGAUCUGGCAGAGCCUAGGCAUAGAGAUCGAGCAAGGCAGAAGCUUCAUGAGAUGGGGUCAUUCCACCGACAAAACGGCUCUACGCACCACCGUCGGUUUGGAAGACGAGGAUCGUCCUCAGACGACUCUGCUAGUGAUGACGAAGCGUCGAAUGAAGGAAGGGCUCGGCGCGGCACCAUUUCAAGUCGCGACACUGAACUGCUCGAGAAACAAAUGUUGGAAAUGGUUGCCCGAGACAUGAGACAGCAGAGGCUUUCCCACGUUCCGGAGACCGAGGCCGAAUAUCUGGAGCCGGAAAUCUCGAAUUCGCCUGAGCUUAAACCGCAAACGAAGGUCCCUACCAAUAGAGAGUGGAACACAACAGAUCUUCAAGAUUCAGAUCAGGGCCCUAGACACAGCAGAGCCUCUUUGGAAAUUCCUAUGCUGUCAAAGUUAGGAAGAUAUACUGGAGGGGGUUCUAAACGUGACAAAGAUCGCAAAGAUAGUAUCGAUACUCCUCGGCCUUUGUCGCCAGCUCUCGCUCCUCAGUACAGCUUAUCAGCACCACCCACUGGCUUGCAACUCUCGGCUCCUUCCAGUCGAUCCUCAUCUCCCUCACGAAACCCCUUCACAAAAGUCAAGCAAAUAUUCAAAGACAAGACUCGUGACGAGCCUGAAGAGCAAGCAGUGGAGACUGAGGCAUCUAGUGGGAGGCCAUCGAUAUCGGAAGCUGUUCCUCAGGAGGAAACCAAACCGCUUGAGCGUCAUCCAUCCAAUUCUCGACCAACUUUCGAGAGCCACAAACAUCAGCGCAGUGUCGGUAGUAUCAAGCCAAGAGGGGAUGACCAGGUUGGACUGCGAGGCAUGUUCAAGGGCCCUCGUAUCGAUACAGUGAUCAGAGGCAGCGUUUCGAGACUCGGCGACAUACUGUGGAAUAAGGAUUCUCCUACUGAAGGCCCUAACGAUAUUCUCUCUUCCGACGAAUCUGACAAUGAUCAGCCUAAAGGGAGGCCGAGGAUAUCCCUCAGUUUGUCACGGACAAACUCAAAGCGCAAUAAACCUGAGCCUCAGCAUGGCGCCAAACAUUUCUUGGACUCCAUGCCGCAGUUCCAAUCCGUGGCCGAGACACAUGGUCAUUUGGCAACCGACAUGAAGAAGCCCCCGCCUCCACAGCCCGGUGUCAAUAUCACCCAGCCACCUUUACUUGAUGUCUCUGACUUCACUAGCCCUAGCAAGCCUCAAGAAGUCGAGAAGGACUCCGCGGUCGAGCCUGCGAUGUCAGAAGUGGAGUCAUGCCAGGAGAGCGCCAAAGAUGGCCCUCGAGUCUUGGAGAAGGAGAGCGACGAGUUUACACCGAUGGUUCGCUUCAAUGAGCCUGAUAACUUCAGAGGCCGGAAGUGGUCUAUCGCAAACCAGGCUGUUCCCCAUGAAGGACGGCUUUCGAAGCGCGAAAUUGCCCGGUUGCGUACACUUAUUCUUACCUCCGGCAUCAAAGCCAUGGAGAUCUCUCGUCGUGCACAUGAGUCGAAAAAGCCUCUUGCCAACCGCUGCCCUCAGGAGCCCGGAGCUUCACCACAAUCAACUUUCGUGACAGUGCCGUGGGUUGAUAUUGCAAAGUUCACACCCAAGAAGUCAUUACCAUCUGACGAUGCGGUUCCCUGCUCCGACCACUUCCGUUUGGCCAGUACAGCCUUAGGUGUAGCCAUUCAGACCUCGAUGGAGCAAUGGCAGACGUCGGCAGAUAAGUUCACAGCGCAAACGCGACCAAAGCUCGAGGAGCGCAUUUGGUGUGUUCGUUCGCGAAUCGCAGACGAGUUGUCGGGCAUGACCCGCGAGGCAUCAGACCAAGCCGAUGAAACUGGCAAGGAUUUGGCUCUGGGCCAGCUUCUUAAAGUGAAGCACGUCGCCGACCUCACUGACAAGAUGAUGCGUAACAGACGCAGAAGAUUCAGAUGGCUCCGUCGAGGAAUGUGGUCCGUUGUUGAAUGGCUGCUCGUUGGCUUCAUGUGGUAUGUCUGGUUUGUCGUCACUAUCUUUAGGCUCUUCCUGGGCAUUGGAACAGGCGUCUGGCAAGGAGUCAGGUGGCUCCUAUGGCUAUAA